AACUAGCUGACCUUCACCUUUUGGAACGGUGAGCAAAUCGUCAAAUUUUCGUUCUUGUUCUGUACGUAAAUACUGUAUGUCUCUUGAAGCUCUGAUUUAUAUAGACCAAGUUUGCAUUGUAAGCAAGACUCACUGACAUCACAAAGAACGCGCUACCUGUGGAGGGAGGGAAGGCAGACCAUGAGGGUGAGGAGGUCGGAGCCGGUGCUCGUGCACGCUGCUGCCCCGGCCGCUGCCGACGAAGAAGAGUACUACUACCUCUCCAACCUCGACCAGAAUGUGGCCGUGCUCAUGAAGACCGUUCACGUCUUCAGCCCGUCCGUCGAGAGGCCCGCAGGCGACGACGCGGCCGCGUCGAUCAUGGCCGCCCUUGGCAGGGUGCUCGUGCACUACUAUCCGUUCGAGGGCAGCCUGGUCGUCAGCGCCGACGAUGGGAGGCUCUCCGUGCGCAACGACCGCCGCGGCGUGCCGUUCGUGGUGGCGGACGCCGACUGCGAGCUCGAGGAGAUCGGGGACGUCGUCAAAGCGCCCGACGCCGCGGUUCAGGCGCAGCUCGUGUUCGUCGUCCGUGGUAGCUCGGAGGAGAAGGCGCCUCUGCUGACCGUGCAGCUCACCAGGUUCAGGUGCGGCGGCUUCGUGCUCGGGCUCGCCAUGAACCACUGCCUGGCGGAUGGCGUCGCCGCGGCGGAGUUCCUCCGCUCCUGGGCCGAGACGGCCCGCGGCGUGCCCCUCUCCGCGCCACCUUUCCUCGACCGCACCGUGCUGCGCGCCAGGACGAGCCCCACGGUCGCCUUCCCGCACGAGGAGUUCGCCGAGAUGGAGGACGUGUCCGACCUCGCCGACCUCCGCGACGAACCGCGCGUGCACCGGGCCUUCACCAUCGACGCCGCCAGGCUCGCGCGGCUGAAGCGGCAGACCGCCGCGCGCUCGACCUUUGUCGCGCUGACGGCGUUCGUCUGGCGAGCGACCGCCCGCGCCAUGAGGAUGCGGCCAGAGCAGAGGAGCAGGCUCAUGUUUGCCGUCGACGUCAGGCAGCGCGUCGACCCGCCGCUGCCCCGUGGCUUCUGCGGGAACGCCGUCGUCUUCGCUUGCUGCGUGUCGGCCGCUGGCGACCUCCUCGCCGCGCCGGUGUCCGAGGCGGCAAGGUCGGUCCAGGACGCCAUCGGGCGCACGGACGACGCGUUCGUCCGUUCCGCCAUCGACCACAUCGAGGUCGCCAGGGCACGGGCGCCGUCGAUGACGGCGACGACGCUGGUGACGGCGUGGAACCGUCUGGGGUUCCACACGGCGGACUUCGGGUGGGGCGAGGCGGCGCAGUGUGGCCCAGCGGAGCUGCCGCGCGGGGAGGUGGUCAUGUUUAUGCGCGACGCGCGGGACGGCAGCAUGGUGGUGUUGCUUGGCCUGCCGCAAUCCUGCAUGGAAGCAUUCCAAGAUAUGGUACAUCUGCUCUGA